AUGUCGGGUCCCGUGUGCAGAGAAAUAUGUCUUGUUUUACUGAGAAUCGCGCCCCGUUGAUUUUGUUUGUUGUUUACACCGCACUUAAACAAAACAAAUCACAUUCAUAGUCGCGCGGGACAGGCAAAAAAUACAAUUGCUUACAAUUUAAAUUUAUUUGUUAUUACAUUGAUACAAGGGUAAGAGUUACAAAAGUAUCAAUAUGGAUGAGCAUAGACGAUUGCGCUCUUUGCUUCAAUAUGAAGUUGGAAAGAAUAAAAGUAACAUCGUAAUAAAGGAGCUCGACAGAAAUGUGAAGCAUAUGAAACAGUCAUCUGAUAAUAUGGAAAAGGAAAACUUAGAUAUGGAGAAAAAAUUAACCUCCUUAAAAGAAAGACUAAUAAAAGAUAGAGAAGAACAAACGAAAAUGAUUGGUCCAAGAUGGAGAUCUAGUCAACAGUUGAAACGGAAGCCCGAAAAACAAAAUAGAUUACGAGGAGGGAUUAAAGUUUUGACGGAUCAACCAGUCGAAAACUACAAAGCUUCGUCUAGAACAUCGAAAACAUCUGACUUUCGUUUGUGUGGUCAAUGCGAGAAUCGGAAGGCGAAAGUAGAGUGCAACGAAUGCGCAGAAUUGUACUGUUCACUUUGUUAUAAGCAAUUCCACAGCAAAGGUGCUUUACGAAAACACACGUGGAAAUCUUUGGAACAGAAUACAAAAGCGCACUUGAUCAAAUCUCAGCAUAGUCCAACCUCCAAUACAUGCAAAGAUUCUGAUGAUGUAACGUUGAUACUCGUCAGUGGCAAACCUGCUCCCCAGACUCCUAAACCUCCGCCGUUAACUUCAAGUAGAUACACGCCUGUGAAAAGAACGUCAUCAGAGCUUUCCUACAAGCAGAUAUCUCCUGAUUCUUCUCUCUUCGAUCAAGAUCAAGCCAUUCAAAAGUGGAGAAAAGACUGUUACGUUGCAGCUAGUUCGGGUUGUCAACCAAACUCAACACCAAAACAAAGUGGUUUGAAUAAUGAUGAAAGGAAAGGUAAGAUGGAAAAAACUAGCCCUGGCAGAAUUAGCACUGUUGCUGGCAAUGCAUGGUGGGAAGGUACUUAUGAUGAAGAAGCGAAUGCUGCAUCGUUUAAAGAUGCUUUGAAUGAAUGGCGAAGAGGAGAAAAGGAAUUGAGCGUAAAUUCAGCAACAGAGAGAGAAACUUCAACACGUUCAACAAGUGUUGGGACAGAAGAAAAAGUGCCGAAUGGAAGCAGAAAAGUCGACAUUAAGUUUACGUCAAAGUCGACAUUGUCCUACAUGGAUCGAAUUAUUAUGAAGAGAUACAGAAAAAAUCCAGAUACUUGUUUUGCAACUGUGAAUGGUCACUUCUCUCUUGGUAUGGCAUCUUCUCCUGGUAUGAAAUCCUCUCGCACGCCUUCACCAAAAGAAACAACAAUAGAACCAAUUGGCUUAACUCCUAAGAAUAAUUCGUUGAAACACCGUAUUUCAUCUGUGACUCCUAGUUCUAAUAAUAUCGCUAUUAACCCUUUACAAGAAGAAUGUUUUGGAGGUGUAGAAUCCGACGCGAUUCCGAUUAUAACUCCUGCUCCAUCGGAUUGUGAUAUAAAGAAGAACGAUCAGCUAAAGCCUACUACUAUUUGUGUUAACAUUGUUGAGUUAAACUGUUGCGAGCAGGCUGAUAAUGUCUCCAAACCUCUCUUACCUAUGAUAACGCAUGAACGUGUUACUAAUGAAGUUCAACAAAAAGAAAAUUCGUACCCAGAGGAGAAGAAGGAGAGAGAAUAUGUGGACAUCUCUUGGAGACCACCACCCAGACAUCAGAAUAUGGAUGAUUAUUUCAUGUUAGGAAUUACAAGAACGUCUUUGAACAAGAACUCUGGUGGUAUUGUAGAAAUGCAACGCAAGGAAGAAAAUGUUCUCGUAGACGGGAACAAGCUUAUUACAGCUGGUAGUGUUUGGAGUCGUGAGAGCAGUUACCCCUCCGUCCCUGGAAGCAGCAGUAGGGAGGAUGAAACGAAAUUAGAUGAAGAGAUAUCAUCGUGCAGGGAGGAACGUAUGUAUUCGUACGGACAGCUACCUACCCUCACCGUAGGUUCGUACGACUUUGUUCAUGCUCCUCCACCACCUGUGAAAGGAGACAACUAUCAUAAGGUCCAUCGAGCGUCCACUUCAUUUAGUUUAAGCGCCCAACCUGUUGAUCCAUGGGUAGACAGCGACGCUUCACUUCCAGGUUCAAGACGCCCUUCUCAUCUGAGUACGUUCACUCCUUCUCGAAAAACGUCGAGAGAGUUUGACGAAAAACCUAUUGUUGAAUUCGAAGAAGAAUUAAAAGCUGGUCUUGAAGACAUUAUUAGUUCAAGACAGGAACAGGAUGGAAGAGAAGACUUUCAAGCAAUUGACAUGUUAGCUGAUCAGGUGUCAAUCAUGUAUGGUGACAACGACGAUGACAGCAUUGAGGAUAAUGACGAAGGAUCUGGACUGACAACACCAGACAGUCUCUGCAAUGAAAAUCAUUGAAACAUUUUGCAUUGAAAGAUUACUAAAAUGUACAAAAUGCGAGCCUUGACCUUUGAAAUUUUUAAACAGCACUCACACUAAACGUUUUGUAUUACUGACAUCGAUGGGAGAGACAACUUCAUGUCAACUUCAUGACAACGGACAUCUCAUAGCUUGAGUAACAAUUUAUCACCAUGUCAGUGAGGUCUCGAAAUUUCGUCUACUUUUCUUUUCUCCCUAAUCUUUGUCUGCUAGACAUUGUUUUUAGAAACUCUAUAAGUAACUUUAGGCCCGGAUUUUGGAAAAGUUAAGAAACCUUUUAAAAAUUUAAACAGGCUGAACUAUCUGGGCUUGAAGGGUGUAAAAAACGAUGCGUGGCUAUUUUUUAAACCUCCUAGCAAAUAUGUCCGUGAUUUGAACACGCAGUAAAAACAAAAACAUUUGAGGCUAAAUUAUAAGAACCUCAAUUCCAAUGAAAGAUGUAGAGCUUCGAAUACUUCUGUUUCUCUUUUUUGAGACGAGAUAUCACUCGGCUUUUUAUUAAUAGUUUCUUAUAAAACAUUCGUUGUUCUGAGAUGUGUUUUUUAUAUCUACUUCCAUUUUUUUAUAGUCUUAUAUUUCAAAUUCGAAUUUUCAAUAAAAAUGCGUUUUAUUUCAAAGAGAUUGCUUAGAACGUUUUUUUGACACAAAACUUUUAUAGCGACAGGUUUAAGAUGAAAAAAAGGCCAAACCAUGACAUUGCAAUUUCUCACAACUUAGGGUCUGAAUAAACGAGACAGUGAGAAAGAGACAGAAAGUCUAUGUCAACUAUAUUUAUUAUAAUUAUUAUUAUUAUUGUCAUUUAUCAUUCAUCAUUAUACAGAUUAAUAAUUUCAGAAUAUUUACAGUUCUGUUAUUAAUUUGCGACCUGUAUUGAAGAAAGUCUGUUGUUAAAUUCUGUAAAACCGUUUAAGAGAUACUUGUGUUUAUUUCGUAUGUUUGAAUAUGUAAAUUAUUAAAGUUAUUGUACAGAAGUUAAUUGAAGUUUAAUAUAUAUCUUUAUUUGUGA